UCGCCCCACCUAACUCAACUAACUUUGGCUCAAAAACACACUUGUUGUUCUUGUUGUUGUUGUUGUUGUUCUUCUUCUUCUCCUUGGUUGUUUUUCCAGAACAGUCGCAAACAGAGAAAUGGCAUUAGAUGUGGGAGUAACACAGAAAUAUGGUGAACCAUCAUAUUGGAAUAAAAGGUACAAACAUGAUAAAACCCCAUUUGAUUGGUACCAGAAUUACACCUCUUUAGCUCCUCUUCUUCGUCUUUAUGUCCCUCCUCCUCAUCGUCGUAUCCUCAUCGUCGGUUGCGGCAACUCCGCAUUUAGUGAAGACAUGGCAGAUGAUGGAUACGAGGAUAUUGUCAACAUCGAUAUAUCCUCUGUAGCGAUUGAAGCAAUGCAGAAAAAACACUCUAACCACCCACAACUUAAGUAUUUUACUAUGGAUGUUCGAGAAAUGGGUACCCUUGAAACAGGCUCAUUUGAUGCAGUUAUUGACAAAGGAACACUUGAUACUAUUCUGUGUGGGAACGACUCAAAGCAGAACUCUUCUAGUAUGCUUGCGGAAGUUGGGCGGGUCCUCAAGGACAAAGGGGUUUAUAUACUGAUUACAUAUGGAGCACCCUCAUACCGUUUAGUGUAUCUGAAGAAUUCAUGCAAGUGGAAGAUAAAGCUCCAUGUGAUAGAAAAAUCAAUCUCUGGCGUAAAAGAUGUAGACAGAAAAACAUGGGAGCUUACGAAACCUGUUCCCUUAAAUCAGAAGGGAAAGUCCAUGGAAGAUUUCAUUGGCGCGACCCCGGAUGUUCAUUAUAUAUACGUCUGUGUUAAAGAUGAUUCGUUGGAACGGGGAGAAAUAGACGAGUCUGUAGUUGAGUGACAAUAAUCUACAUUCUAAACCACAUCUAUCAUCUUUUGUACCUACUACUGGUGAUGUCAUGGAAUGCUUCAGGGUCUUCAGCGACAGAAUUCAUGGUGCCUGUUAUGUACUGCAAGCCUGUAAGACUGACUGAUGUUUUGCAAGAAACUAAGCUAAAAACAGCUGAUCCUCAGGUCAACUACUUUUUGCUAGAUCUUUUGUGGUUACCUGGCUUUGGUAGUAUUUCUGGUGACGGGUGACACAUAUGUAGUAUCAUAUGCACUCCAUAUAUAUACUUUGAUAUUUUGGAGAGAUUAGCAGAUAAUGAAACAUAAUUUGACUCAUGUAACUGUAGGGAAAUUUGUCCUUUUAAAACACCAACUUUGUUAGAGAGCGACAAUAUAUAUCUUGGUUUGUGUGAAAACACCUUAUAAAACAAAUUACAAAUGUGACAUAUCUCAGUAAGUAGAGAGCUAUGGUACCAACUACAAGGACACGACUUAGGGAAUUGAAAUAACAGACUUGAACUUGGAAAAACAUAAAGAACUACCAUCCAAACACACUUAAAACUUAAAAGGAUCAAAUGUGUUGAGGAUGAUUAAUUGCUUGUACAUACAUAGCUCUACUUAAAAAGGACAUCACAAAUUUGAACAUUUAUCAUUAAGCUCUCUGGUCCUGAUACGAUUUUGAAACAUUUAUCAUUAAGGUCUCUGGUCCAUAUCCAUAUAUGAAUGAUUAAUUGUAGUAGAUAAUAAAGAUAUUAAUGGUCAAAGUUGUGCGUUGGCAAACGUGUAAGUUAAAAUGGUGCAACUAUUUCUAAAUGGAGGAAGUGAAGUAUAUAUAUUAAGCUCUUCCUUCGUUCUCUUUUAAUUGUAACAUUUCACUUUUACACUAUUUAUAUUACCAUGUAUUAUCUUUUGACCGGUUUUGAUGAUUAAUACAUGAAUUAAAACACAGUCACAUGAUUUUCUUAGAUUCAUCUCGAUUUAUAUUUGCACAAUAUUAACUUUUGUAAAUUUUACUCAUACACAAUUAGAGACAAUAAUGAUCAAAGAUAUACGUUGACAAUUGUGAAAGUCAAAAUGUUGCCAUUGAAAUAGAAGGGAGGAAGUAAAUAAAACUAAAAAUAAGACUGGAAAUAAAUAAUACGAAAAAAUUAACUAGGUCGUCUUCUAUCAGAAUGGUUGAUAUUGUACUCCAAAAUAUACUACAGAGUACUACCCCUUUUCAUAAUGUUCUUUACGUUUUCCUUAGCCCGUUUCAACAUUUCAUAAUGUCUUUUACGUUGUGUUUUAUACUACUUUUAGGCAUGUAAAUUUACUGUCUUAUCUUUCUUACCCCCACAACCGAUAGGGGCCUUUGUUUUGGUGUUUAGAGAAAGGGAAAGACAAUCAACUACCUUAAUUUACUCCAUUUCUUAUCGUUUGUUAGACCAAAUUAAUCAUUCUCUUUACCCUAUAAAUUGCCCACUUCCCUCUACCACAAGUAUUUAUAAUUAAGGAGAACUCCAAAAAGUUAAAGAUCUUAGAAAUUCUCUUACAGAAUAGAGAUAGAUGAUUUUUUUUAUUAAUAAAACAGAGCAAUAACAUUAGUGAUACAAAGGCCAUCCAUAAUACAAAUGUCACAACAACGCCAACCACUAAAAGAACAAAAGAAUGUGAAACGUUGGGACGUUGGGUAUCCUGUGGUCCUAAAUGAUUAAAGUCCUAUAAUUAUAUGGUAUACUACUAUCCUAUCUUUUUAUAAUUCAACUUUAAUGGUGACAAAGCAUUAAGAAAAUCGAUAAUUAUUGGGUUAUUACUUACAAUAUUAUCUAAGAGAGUCUUAAUUUUUCCAACCAACAUAAUCCUUAGACAAGGCCAGCUAAUUCAAUAAGUACACCUUUUCCUCUCUCUUUUUAGUUUUUACCAACUACUAGUAAUAUACUUGGCUUGAUACUUAGAAACCAUUGAGUUAUCUUGUUGUUUCAAAUAAAAUAAAAUGAGGAAGGGUGCAUAUGUAUUGAUAUUCUUGGUAUGGGCUUUCAUCACCAUCAUCACUCCUCCACUUGUUCAAUUGUCUUUCGCUGCUGCGGAUCAAGCUGCGGCUCAGGCUCAGGCUCAGGCUCAGGCUCAGGCUCAGGCUCAAGCUCAAGCUCGGGCUAAGGCCACCGCUCAAGCAAUACAAGAUAAGCCCAGUGAUGAAGAAGGAACAACAGUAAAACAGUACAGGAGAAUGCUGGUGAUGGUUGACGGAAUCAACAAGCGAAAAGUGGCACUAGCCGAUCCAGCAUUACCACCUGCUAGUUCAUAUGGUCCACCACCAGCAGCAUCACCAGCGCAGCCAACUGAUCAGGAGGCAGAGUAAUGGCCCGUCUGUUUUGUGGCUGAGGGCGACGUCUCACCAUCCGUCUACUAAGGGAAAAGAUUUAGACUUAUCAUAUAUUGUUAACUUACUGUUUAGAUGCAUAACACAAAUCAAUAUAAUUCAUGUAAAUAUACAUAGUACUACUUAUAACACAUUCUAUAUACCAUUAUUUAUCAUAACUUUGAUCAUGAAUUCAUGAAAUGUAUUGUCUUACACUGAUCUUCAGAUUUUAUAAAGGAAAAUUUACCAACAA